ACAUCGUAAGAAGGUAAGCUGACAGAAAUUCUAUGUCGUAAAAUUAUUUAUAGAGUAACUCUUAGAAGUCAUUUCAUUAACUUUCUUCUAGACAGUAUAUGAUAAUGUAAUAUAAUAAAAGAAAUGACUACUUCAUUUAAUAUUGUUUUCGCUAUUUGCAUCUUAAUUGUUAAUGAAUUCAACAAUUCAGUGGCUGAUACCGGCUAUUGUAUUAAUAACGAGGUGAUUAGCUAUAGAAAUAUUCUUUCAUUCUAUUUUAGCUUAUUUUAUUAAAUAUAGUUAAUUAAUCUUUCAAUUUGUAAAAAAAAAAAGGUUUUUAUUCAGGGAAGCCUAAGAUAAUUAACUAUAUUUAGUUUAGACCAAAAGGCUAUUCUAUUCUUUAUAGAAACACAAUGUAAUCUUAGGGCUUUGAAACGUUACGUAUUCUGUUCGAUUUACUGGAUGAGUAGUGUCAUGUUUUUUUUUAUAGUGCAAACCUGAAAAUAUUAAAAUGGCCCCGGCUGAAGAAAAAAAGAGAAUUUUGGUUACCGGAGGAACCGGUUUGGUUGGAAAGGCAAUUGAAACAAUUGUCAACAAAGAAGAAAAGAGAGUAGAUGAAGAAUGGAUUUUCAUUUCAUCCAAAGAUGCUGACUUAACCAGCAAAGAACAAACUAUAGCUGUUUUUGAAAAGCAUCAACCAACUCAUGUUAUUCAUCUUGCAGCCAUGGUGGGCGGUCUUUUCAGAAACUUGAAAUAUAAUUUGGAUUUUUUGCGACAAAACAUUCAAAUUAAUGACAAUGUUCUAAAUACUGCAUACGAACAUAAGACUACUUAUCCUAUUGAUGAGACCAUGAUUCAUAAUGGUCCUCCUCAUACCUCUAACUUUGGCUAUUCGUACGCCAAGAGAAUGAUUGACGUUCAAAAUAAAGGUUAUCACCAGCAACAUGGAUGCAACUUUACAGCUGUCAUUCCAACAAAUGUUUUUGGGCCUCAUGAUAACUUCAACUUGGAAGAUGGACACGUUCUUCCAGGUCUGAUAAACAAAGUUUACACCGCUAAGAAAGAAAAUACUCCAUUCACCGUUUGGGGUACUGGCUCUCCAAGAAGACAAUUUAUCUAUUCUCUAGAUUUGGCUAGACUGUUUCUAUGGGUUUUAAGAGAGUACAAUGAGGUUGACCCAAUUAUUUUGUCUGUGAACGAAGAUGAUGAAAUUUCUAUUAAAGAGGCAGCCGAAAAUGUUGUUGAAGCCAUGGAAUUUAAGGGAGAAGUUGUCUACGAUAAGACGAAGUCUGAUGGACAAUUUAAAAAGACUGCCAGCAAUGCCAAACUUCGCAAAUAUUUGCCUGAUUUCAAGUUUACACCGAUGAAACAAGCAAUCAAGGAAACUUGUGAUUGGUUUGUGGCCAACUACGAAUCUGCAAGAAAGUAA